GAAGUUCGAUUCCAGAAGUUCUUGAUCGAUUGAUACACAAACCGUUGAGAGCUUCUCGUUGUAUAGCAAUAUACAGAGAUCAUGGAUUCGAAUACGAUGGAGAUGCUGAAUCAUAACCAAGUCGAGAGGAGCAUUGUAGACAAAAUUAGGGUUAGGGUUCCUCCGAAAUCAUCAUCAUCCUCGUCGUCUUCGGCGUUACCAAACCGCAACAAUUGCUUUGGCGGUGGACAUGAUUGUUGUUAUACUCGUUUCUUGGUUCAGAAUCACUCGAAUUUCAAGCGAAGUGGACCGCCGACUCGAUUCAUGUCCUACAGAGAUGGAUCGUGGUCUGAUUUCUCGAGCGAAGUGUUUGGUUCUCUUCAAUCGGGUUUCUUGGAGGGCAAGCCAGUGGUGGAUGUUGGAAUUGGAGGCAUUCAAUUCCUGUUUGAUUUCUAUCGGAUGUUGCAGAUUGAUUGCGCUGGCGGUUGUCAGAGGUCCAUCGCUUGGAUGGAUGUGGACGGCAAUUGUUUCUUCCCGAAAGAGUUCGUCGAUGGCGGUCAAGAAUUCGCGGAUAGUUCUGGAAAUCAAGAGAUUGAAAUUGUGAAUGUUGCAGCGAACUUGGCCACUGAAAAUCCGAAAAUUGAGAUCGAGAUACGAAUUGGAGAGGGUUGGAAUUCGAGUAAGAGGAACAGAGAGGCGGUGGAGUCUGAAUUCAGAGGAGAAGAGAAAGCGGUGGGAAGUUGUUCGAGUGGACAAGGGGAUGGAUUGAAGAAGCAGCGGCUUUUGACGUCGGAAUUGGAAUCCCCUAGGUGGCCGAAGGCCAAACUGUUGAAAGAAGGGCAGAACGCAUAUUCAAUUGUGAAGAAUUUAUUUCUAUCUGGGAUUGGUAAUGUGGAACCUGGUGCUACAAUCACUUCAAUACAUCAGUAUACGAGAACAGGUCCAUUUGAUAGAGCUCGAUAUGAAGUUUUCCAGAAGCAGAUGGAGCUUACCAAGGCUGCUAGGGGAGAGUCCCAUAUGUCAUAUGCUUGGCAUGGGACGUCGGCGAAAGGCGUGGCUAGCAUUUUUACUCAUGGGUUUGGGGUGCCUAACAAGGUUCCUGGUCCUGGAGAUCAUGGGGUUGGUAUCUACUUGUCUCCUGUUCGAUCCCCGCAGAUGAGUGCAUUGUUAUCGGAGGCUGAUGAUAAUGGCGAAAAACAUGUUAUUUUGUGUCGUGUUAUACUGGGCAAAUGUGAAAAAGUUGAGGCAGGAUCGAGACAGCUUUAUCCUUCCAGUGAGGAUUUUGAUACUGGUGUGGAUGAUCUUCAGAAUCCCAAAUGGUAUGUUGUGUGGUGUGCCAAUAUGAACAGUCACAUUCUUCCCGAGUGCGUUGUGAGCUACAAAUCUUCUGAUCAAGCAUUGGGUCUAUUGAAUGGAUCAUCUCUUGUGAAGUCUGUUCCAAAUGGGUCGGAUGCAUCGAUUGUCACAUUGUUUUCCAAAUUGAGGAAUUUCCUCCCUCCCUCAAAACUUAAUGAACUUCGAAUUUUGUGCAGCACUUACAAGGAUGGAAAACUGGCCAAAGGCACAUUCAUAAAACUGUUGAGAAUAAUUUCCUCAAAGCAUUCUGGUGAAGCUAAACAAGCAUAAUGUGUACAUCCAAAAACCAUAUACGGUCAGUGUUCUUGCAACCAUGUAAUUCUCAUAGAAUGAAGAUGAUUGAAAUAAGAUAUUAUUUUCCCUCUCUCUAUCUCUCUCUCUUUAUUUUUAUUUAUUUAUUUUAUCUUUUAGUUCUUUCUUCGGUUGGUUGUUGAUUUCCUUAUAUAUGGAACAUAAAUGCUUUGUGAAAUCCAGGAUAUUAUUAUUUUAUUUUUCUUUCUCUUUCAGAAAUCGUCUGACAAUAUAGGGAGUGUCUCUAAAGUCUUGUUAUUGUAAUCCAACAAAUUGUUUAGUUUUUCAAGGCUUUCCUUUCCUUUUAUUUUUCCGUUUGUGUAUUUGCGCAAUACACAAGUAAUUCAAUGUUUUGGGUUAGUAAAAGAACUUAGCACAAAGAGUUACAUGUAUACAAGUGAGCUCUCCUGUCUACACUUGAUGAUAUUUGAUAAGCUUAUGCUUGAAAACUGAUGGAGAAUAUCAUUAUAGGAGUGAUUAAAGCCCUUAAAUCACUCCUUGACAGAAUAUUGAUAUGAGUGACUCAUGGGAGUGAUUUUAGGAAUCUUUCUGAUAUCAUAUUUAUCACAUGUUUGUAUUUUUUCACCUAUAAAUAGAGGUGAUCAUUAUAUACAAAAAUUAAGAGAGAAUAUAAUUAAAGUGAUGUAGUCCUUAGGGUUUUGUGUGCAGUGGAUGCACUAUUUGGCCAUAGUAGCCGAACCAUGUUAUAUCGUUGUGUUGUUCAUGUUUAAGUUCUCUCUUCAAUUUUCAUAUUUUUCAACAAAAUAUAUACUCCCUCCGUCCCAAAUUAAACGUCCCUUUUUGGGAAUCUAACUUUUUAAGAGGAUGGGUUUUAAUAUUUUUUUAUUGUAUUGGUAGUGAAUGAGUUACCAAAUUUGUCCAUAGUGGGUCACAGACUGUGAUGGUUUAUUUUUUAUAAGUUUAAUGCAAGAAGGUUAAAUUGGUAAUUUUACAAAAAAAAAUUGUACUUUUGACUUUUCAAAUGAGACAUUUAUUUUGGGACAGCGAAAAAUGGAAAGGUGGACAUUUAAUUUGGGACAGAGGGAGUAUAUAUUUUCAAUUAUUAAUUUCCAUAUUUGCACUUGAUGUGUUGAGGCAUCCCAAAGGAUGCAUGAUUGACUCAUUGGACAAUUGGAUAAAACGUGUAGAUUUUGACAUGCUAGAAGUUAAGGUUCUUAUCCAGUCCCACUUUCCUAGCACCCCCACCCUGCAUUCAUAAGAUCGACGAUGGUGGUGACCUUUUAAUUAUGUGAAGUGUUUUGAGCUUGGGGUAUGCCAUAUUCUUAGCUUGAUAAAUUUCAGAUGGAGCUACACUCGUGUUCUUUGGUUGCUGUUUUGAGUUUAUACACCUAGAUCUAUUUCAAAUUAAAUUUACAUUGUAUAAUGCAAUAUUUUAUGUUUUGUGGUCAUGUCAUUUCUUAUAAUUGUAUUGGAAUUGUAAAAUUUGAAGAAAGAGAUUUGUAUUAAGAAGUUUGAAUCUCUGUUUGAGUAUAUGGGGAAGUUUGAAGAAAGGAAACUAUGGUUGUAAGAAGAUGACAACAAGAGAACUUGACAGUAUUAUUGCCGGCUACAUGUUGGUUCUUUUACUUGACUCCUGAAUCCUGAUGGUUAUAUUCUUAUUAGAGCAUUUUUGAAGGCAGAUGGCCAUGUGCUUGCUAGAUAUAUCUAAAUCGUCUUUAUUGGACCACUGUUUUUUUUUUUUUUUUUUAAUUUUUAUUUUAUAUGUUUGCACCAUUGUCAAACCUCUUGUUUAUCUUUUUGUUUAUGAGUACAUUUAAUGACUGGAGUAGAAGACACAGCUUUUGAAGAGCAAGAGAAGGAAAAUUGUAUGAGUAGAAGCUCACAUACAACUAUUGUAAUUGACAGCACAGAAAUGGUCCUUCAGGAAAAAAGUUAUUGUCGGAAGUUUUUAAAUAUGAUAGCUGUUCAAGUGUGUGGGGCUCGGGAGAAAAAAACCAGAUUCUCUGUUUCAGUUGCUAGCAGCUCCCUCCCCUCGUCGUUUGUCCUUGAUGAGAAGGGCAGAGGAAACCAGUUUGUCUCAGAACGGGACUUUGGCUGACGGUAAGAGGGGUGAUUUUUGGUGUCUACUUCUGUCCUGCAUGCUUAUUCUCUAUCAAGUAGUUAUUAAAUUCAUCUUGAUUGAUGUAUGUCAAUUUUGAGACAUUAAGGAUUAAGUGCUUUAUGAUCUAAUAAUGACCAAGCAUGUUAUGCUGUGUUGAUUCAUGUUCAGUAAUUUUGCAAAAAAUUAAGGCUGGGAGUGUGGGAGAUAUGAUCCAUUUCUAUCAAGUGAAUCUUGAGCUGCUGGUAUAAAAAUAACAUGCAAUGCGAUGUCAUAUAUUGUGCUAAUACAAAUAGUUAGUUCUUCCUGAUGAUGUUGUGGGCUCUGGAUUUUCUGGUCAUGUACUUCUUUUUAUUGUAAUGUGAAGUUCAUUUAUUGGUAAUAAAUGGUCCUUUUGUGUUGCA